AUGCUCAUUCCCAAAGCACUCACUCGUCUGAGUGUUGCAUUCUGCCUCCUCAGAGUUGCCACCUCGCAAACGGUGUUAAAGAUAAUGCCCCUUGGGGAUUCAAUUACCGAUAUUACUUGUUGGCGUGCAAUGCUAUGGCAGCAACUCCAGAAUGCAGGAGUUAAAAAUAUCGACUUUGUCGGUAGCAUGGUAUCGGCGGCGACAUGCGACGGAAUUAGUAACUAUGACAGGAACCACGAAGGUCAUUCAGGAUAUCUUGCCGUCGAUAUUGCCAACAAGAAUCAGUUGGUUGGAUGGCUCAAUUCAGCAAAACCGGACAUUGUUAUGUUUCACCUUGGUACAAACGAUAUCGGGCGUUCAAAAACACCAGCGGAGACUAUCGCUGCAUUCACUACGCUUCUUGAUCAAAUGCGAGCAAGUAAAAGCAGUAUAAAGGUUAUUGUUGCACAAAUCAUUCCAUUACCGUGGGUUGAUAGUGGAAUUCGAAGCCUUAAUAGUGCCAUAGCCUCAUGGGCGACAUUGAAGAAUACCACAUCUUCCCCAAUAUAUGUCGUUGACCAAUAUACUGGGUUUACAACGUCUGAUCUACAGUCCGAUCAGAUUCAUCCAAACGAAUCUGGCGACAAGAAGAUUACGGCCAGAUGGUAUCCAACUUUGCUUAAGGUCAUUCAGAAUAGUCAGGCCGGGAAGAGAGAAGCAGUGUUUUCUGCUUGA